AUGGAGGUUGUUGAACGAAUGAAAGGCAAGCGUGUUGUCAAACCCAUUGUAUAUGGCAACACUGCCACUCCUUUUGGUUAUAAGAGGGAGUCGGAUCAGCACACACAUCAAUGGACCGUGUUUUUGAAAAUGUUUAAUGACGACGAUCCGUCAGAUUUCAUUCGCAAGGUGCAGUUCAAGCUUCAUGACAGUUACGCUGUCAAUACAAGAGUCUGCGAUAAGCCCCCUUAUGAAGUCACUGAGACUGGUUGGGGUGAAUUCGAGGUGCAGAUGCGA